GCGCAAAACCCCACGACUCCGACCCUUCUCGCUCCCGGCUCCUUGCUCCGUGUCAUCGUCAAACCGCCGCUUUCCAAGGCAGCAAGGCCCCCUCCCCCUCCCUUCGUCUCCGCACGCGGCUGCCCCCCUCGCCACGCGUGCAGUGCAAUCCAGGAGCCAAGAUGUGGAGCGGCGGCUCGGCCGGGAGGCGGAGCGAUCCCGGCGGCAGCGGCGACCUGCCCCGCUUCUCCGCCGCCACCACGGCAUCGUCCGCCUCCGAGCGUUCCGUGAACGGUGGCGGUCGCGGGGUGUCCUUCCUCGACGCCUUCCGGUCCUGCUUCGUCCCCACGGGGACGCGCUCGCCGGAGACCUCCUUGUCCGAGGACUUCCACCCCUCCCAACAACUCUCACAGUCGGUGAGCUCACAUGGUUCUAGCAGUGGAAGCACUUUUGAGAGCAAGCGAUCAGUUAGAGGACUGUAUAGUCCCAUGCACAGGAAUUCUUCAGAUAGGGAUAGGGAGAUCCCUGGCAGCACAAAUUUCUCCUUGUCAGAGAUCCAGAAAGCAACCAAGAACUUCUCGCCAAACUUGAAGAUUGGGCAGGGUGGUUCUGGGACUGUAUACAAGGGUCAGCUCGUUGAUGGUACUCUCAUUGCCGUCAAACGCGCCAAGAAGAAUGUGUAUGACAAACAUAUGGGUCGUGAGUUCUGGAACGAGAUUGAGACAUUGCAACGCAUUGAGCACCUGAAUUUGGUUAGGUUUCAUGGGUACCUGGAGUUUGGUGGUGAGCAGUUGAUAAUUGUGGAGUAUGUUCCCAAUGGGAAUCUUCGAGAACACCUUGACUGUCUGAAUGGUAAAUUACUGAAGUUCUCACUGAGAUUGGAUAUUGCAAUUGAUGUGGCUCAUGCUAUUACUUAUCUUCAUACCUACUCAGACCAUCCAGUCAUCCACAGGGACAUCAAAUCCUCAAACAUUCUCCUAAUGAACAAUUGUCGAGCCAAGGUUGCUGACUUUGGAUUCGCCAAACUGGCUCCAACUGAUGCUAGCCAUGUCUCUACUCAAGUCAAAGGAACAGCAGGCUAUCUUGAUCCAGAAUAUCUCAGAACAUACCAGCUCAAUCAGAAGAGUGAUGUCUACUCCUUUGGAGUCCUGUUGGUGGAGUUGGUUACUGGGAGGCGCCCUAUAGAACCAAAGAGGGCAAUAAUUGAGCGUGUUACCGCAAAAUGGGCAAUGGAGAAAUUUGUGGAGGGCAAUGCUAUCCAAACACUGGAUUCAAAUCUGGAAGCAACCGACGCGAUCAAUCUGGCAGUCGAGAAGAUGUACGAGCUGGCUCUGCAAUGCUUAGCUCCAACGAAGAGGAACCGACCGAGCAUGAGGCGAUGCGCAGAGAUCCUAUGGAGCAUACGCAAAGAUUACAGGGAGUUGGUCGUACCAACUUCGGCCAUGAACUGAAGCAGCUCAUCUGGAACGAUCAAGUAAAGAAAAGGUGUCUUCCAGUUUGCCUCUCUUCAAAGCUUAGGCAUACAUGACCCUGCUGCUGGGAUUCCUUCGGUUACGCUGUAAGUAGUCGCGAACGAGACUGAUGGCCUUCCUAGACGUUGAGUGUAUACUAGCUAGCAACUAGAGAGGGUUCCUUAAAAGUCUUCCUACACAGUGUGCUUGAAUCGUUGCUGUGAGCAAACAUAUAGGAAUACGAGUAUAUAAUGGUGUGUAUAUCUCGUAAGUUUUCUUAUAAGGGGUAGAUGCAUGGAGAAAUCCUUGUUUUUCUGAAGAGUGCUGUAUUUCCCAUGGAAGUGAAUGCACUUUCUGUGUA